AUGCUCAAGAAAUUUUUCGGCAGCACAGCCGAUAACAAGAAAGAUCUAGAACAUUUCGCCAUGAAAGACCUACAUGAUGAUGAUUUCUCUUCUCCAAAUACUUCAUCACCCUCUCGGAAUACAGACUCUCCAACCAACAGCACCAACAUAAAAACAUUCAAUAAUAAUAACAAUAAUAAUAACAAUAACAGCAACAACAAAACCACUUCUCCCUUUUCACCUAGAACAACAACACCUCUUCCAUCACAACAAUCAACAUCCUCUCUUCAUCAACUACCACCAACAAUCUCUACCACGAAUGCUAAAUCCUAUACCAGCACUCCGACCACUGCUACAACACCCAGCGAUUUGCAACGAAGAAUUUCUCUUGCACUCACUAGUUCACAACAACAAAAGGAAUCACCCACUGCUGCCCACAUUUUGCUCACGGAAAGGGGAGCUUCUAUGCUUCAUUUAUCAGCUCAUCAUCACAGAAAUUCAUCAUUAUCCAGUUUGUUGGACAGCAAUGGCAAGUUAUUGGAAUCGCUCUCCAUGGGAGAAGAGGAUCAAAGCCUCGGAAACAAUCAAACCAUCAACAGUACCGUUAGUAACUUGAACGUGCCGGAACUGGUUGGAAUAGCUCCAACUAGCCCAGAUUUGUUGGAGGCUUUUGUGGCAGAAAGUGAUAGUGAUGAUGAGGAAUCACAAACACCAAGUGGCACAGCUCCCAACAGUAGCAAUGAAAAUGUGAACCAUGAUAUCAGCACGCCAGUUCUAAGAGUCGAUCAUACUUCAACAACAUACUCUCCCGAGCAAAAUUCAUCAGCUGGCGCAUCUGUACAACGACAAUUACCAGGCACAUCAUCUCUUUCGGGAUUAACAGUAACCUCUAGAACUUCGUCCAAAGAGGCUUUAGCCUCUGUAAUAUCUCCUGCCACUCCUAUGAGCGCCAGAAGCUUGGCGUCAAUGUUGGAUCAAUUUAUGGAUGACCACUUGGCUUCUCCCAAUACCUCAAGCGUAAUGAUGGUAGAAAGUGGAGAACGAAGACUAAGUUUAGAUGAGACACAAUCAAGCUCAGCAUCCUCAAGACUCGAAAUUGAGCCAGUUGUGCCAAGAGCAUCUUUGGAUCAUAGUUCUGUCGGCGUGACAAAGAAUCAUACACCAAAAAUUCAUGGCUCUGCGUAUAACAACCAGGCUUCAGAAGAAUUGCCCAAUUCAUCACCUUUAUUAUCAAAUAGUGGAUCUAUGACGUCGUCUCUGCAAUUACCAGUGCCUCUUAAACAUAAACGAACAAAGAGUGUAGAUUCAUCACACCAACAAACACCAUUGGAAAAAGCUUCACCAACACUCACUAAAACACCAACCACAACAAAUGUACUGAAUAUUGCAAAAACACCAAACAAAUUUGCAGCUUCACAAAAUGAAUCCCCUAUCUACAAAUCUUUCAAGUUUACAGAUGAAGAAGGUAAAGAGUACCACUACCAAGGAACUGUUUUAGCGAGCACAAACGAAAUGCAUGGCAGGGGCGAAUUAUUGUAUCCCAAUAAGACCAUUUAUGAAGGAGAUUUCGACAAAGGAAAAAAACACGGUUUCGGAAAAAUUAUUUUUCCAUCUACAAUUCCAAAGAAGCCACCAACAAUUGCAAUUGGUCAAUGGAACAAUGACGUACCUUCAAGCGAAUUACCUUGGAAAAUUUCAUACGAUGGAGAGGAAAUGGAAUAUUGGGGAUACGUAAAAUUGAAAACCAAAAGUGUAGGAAAAAUCAUGUACACUCUUGAUGAUUUUGAGAGAACACAAGAAGGAGAGCUAUAUUGCAGCAAAACCAACACCAAGUACUUUGGUUCAUUUAAACACAAUCAAAAAUAUGGAUUCGGGGUUGAAAUUUAUCCUACUAUUGCAGAAAGAUAUUGCGGAGGAUGGAAGCAUGACAUGUAUCAUUAUUUUGGAACUUAUCAUUAUAGAGAUGGAACAUACUUCCAAGGAAUGUACAAGAAGGGUCAAAGAAAAGGUAAAGGAAAACUUUAUCUACCUAAUGGAGACAUCAUUGAAGGUUUUUGGUAUGGCGACAGCAAAGUCGAAGGCUGUACCUAUUAUAAGGGAACAUGUAAAAAUGUUCAAUUAACAAAUCUUCAUAUGCUUCAAUUCCAAAUUCAAGAGUCCAUGAAAUUAUACGAGAAUAUGGGACAUAUGGAUGAGUUGGCUAUGAGCAUGUACGACCCUGAAUGUGUAAAACCAGCAUCGGAUUUAAAGUGGACUCAAUAUCUUGUACUUUUUAGGGAUGAUUGGAAAAAAGAACGCUAUGCUCUCUCCAAGAAACUGUUAUUGACAGGAACUUUUUCUGAUAUUUCUGCCUCUACUUCAGAUCCUAGUUUUAAGUUUGUUUCCAAUUUUAUUGCAUUCUUUGUGAGCAUAUUUUGUGGAAGCUAUUAUAUUGGAUCGAACUCGAAAUCGGUCUCUGGAAAGCAUCAAGCUACUCUCCUCUAUCAUGCAAUUGAUGACACCAAGAGCUUUAUCAUGUUUUUAUGUGACAAAGUACUGUGGGACUUUUUUGUAAGAGAUGUCUUCUCAGUAGCCCUAACUGCAGAUGUUGCAAAUUCAGAGCAACUGUUAGUAGAUAUUGAAAAGGAGUUUUAUCCCAUUUGUAGAAACUUGAUAUCAAAUACUGUCCAUGAAAAAUUGUUUUCAACGUUAUUUGAACUUUACAACUAUCACUAUCGUGAUAGCGAUUUACUUAUGAAUCAGAAGGUUAGAUCUCUUCAAGGUUGUACAAUAUCAAUGUUUGGGGUAGCACCAGAAUUUGCACCAUUACCACCCUCAGACAUGAAUCUAGUAUUCUAUGAAUAUAAACAAACAAGCGAUACUCCAUACGAAGAUACGAUCAAAUUGUUAGAUCAAAUUAGAAAUGCAAAAUCGGUCAUUGCUAAAAUUGAAACUCUCUCAAAAGUUAGAACACAUGCUAUGCAAACCAUGAAAAAGUACAGAAAAGCACACAAGCGAAAGGAGGCAUAUUUGAAUUAUCAGUCGUCAAAUGAUGUUUACGACAUGGACAGAAAUACGAAACCUGUCACAAAAGAGCCAUGGUGGAACGCAGAGCUUGAGAAGCGUUGCGAGGAAUGGCAAGCAGGUGCUGAUGACGUAACAUCUGUAUAUAGUUAUAUUUUCAGCAAAUCUAGUAUUGACAAUUUUACUGCUACUUUCCACUAUGUCAACGACUGGAAAUCAGAACAGGUAAAUUUCGAUCCUGUCAGCCACAUCAUACGAUUUUAUGAGGGCUAUUUAUCAUAUAUUCAAGAUAUAGAUCCCAAUAUUUUGCAUGAGGGACAAUUUAUUUCCAAGUACUCACUUACGAGCUCCCUAGAGUCAGCAAUUGAAGGACGUAUUAUUUUUUACCGAGAUAAGAAUUUACCAUUCUUUUGGUUACCAAGUUUAUUGGUGCAUGUUGGUCUGGAAAUUGGUAAAACUAUUGCAAAUUCAGCAGCUGCAAUUACCAAAUCAUCUUCACUUAGCCUUUCUAAUAUUGCCAACAUUACUAAUAUUACCGCUGGCUCAAUUUUGAACCUGUUGGCUUCUUUAAACCCAACGACUGCUAUGAACUCGGCGAAGAACGAAUCUCCACAAGAAUCGAAACCUAAUGUGAAUUUCAAUCCCUUCACUAGAAAGUUAACACUUCCAAGUAAUCUGGAGGUUGUUGAUAUCAGCAAUCAAAAUUUGGUCCAGUCUAUUAUCAAAUUUAAUGAUUUGGUUAGACAAACUUUGGGCGCUAGCUCCAUCGGUUUUAAUGUUGAAUUGAAAAAGAAUGAAGAGACUGGCAAUAAUGACGUAGUGGUGGCGUUUGAUAAGAUCUAUCCAAGUUAUGUUUACUCUGACAUUGCACUCGGCGUGACACGCUACAUCAAAUAUGAAAUUCAGAACAUAAUUAUUGUUUAA